UUUGGGUUUGGCUGUUCCUUCUUUUAGACGUUUUUUUCUUUAUAAAUAUCUAAAAAUUUAUUUAUGUGCAAACAUAAUGAAAAUGAUGGUACACAAAUUAAGAGGACAAAGUCUGACAAAAAACGAAAAACAAGUGAUAUAAAAAUUCUUCCAGAGUGCAGUCUUGAAUCUUGAGGGGAAAAUAAGAUGCUUUAUUUUUAGGUCGUCUGCUGAGAAAAAGAGCACGUGACCCGGAAAAUUUGACAGAUAAUGUGAAAAAUUUUAACAGUUGUUUGUUUUUCUAGCGAUUUAAUGUAGAAUUUACUGCAAGAAAUCUUUAAUUAUAAUGGCUUUAAGAGGCAUCAAAGUUAUUGAAUUUGCUGGUCUGGCCCCCGCACCUUUUUGUGGUAUGAUUUUAAAAGAUCAUGGUGCUAAUGUUAUUAAAUUAGAAAGACCCCAAAAUGGUAUAAACGAUGGACUGAGCCGAGGGAAAAAAUCUGUAUGCAUUGAUUUGAAGAAACCUAAUUCAAGAAAUGUAUUAACUAGGUUGUGCAUGAAUGCUGAUGUUCUUCUUGAACCUUUCCGUCCUGGUGUUAUGGAAAAAUUUGAAAUGGGGCCAACUGAGUUAUGUAAGAAGAAUCCUCGUUUAAUUUAUGCAAGAUUGACAGGAUUUGGCCAAAAUGGUCCCUUUUCUAAGAUGGCUGGACAUGAUAUCAAUUACAUUGCAAUAUCAGGGGUGCUUUCUACAUUAGGUAGAAGUAGUGAUACACCAUACCAUCCAAUAAAUUUACUGGGAGAUUUUGCUGGAGGUGGUCUAAUGUGUGCUUUAGGAAUUUGUUUAGCUCUUUUAGAGAGACAAAACUCUGGAAAAGGGCAAAUAAUUGAUGCUAACAUGGUUGAAGGAGCAGCCUAUGUUUCAAGCUGGUUAUGGACAACUCGUAAGCCAGACUUUCCAGUUCCUCUAUGGGUAAAUAGCAGGGGUAAAAAUAUUUUAGAUGGAGGUUAUCAUUUUUAUCGGACGUACAAAACAAAAGAUGAUAAAUACAUGGCUGUUGGAGCUCUUGAGCCCCAAUUUUACUCAGCAUUAAUAAAAGGGUUGAAAUUAGAUGAGGCAGAGUAUUCACAAUUUUCCGAUCCAGAAAUUUGUCAGAAAAAAUUUGCUGAAAUUUUUGCAUCAAAAACCCAAGCAGAAUGGUGUGAAAUAUUCAACUACACUGAUGCCUGCGUAACACCAGUUGUGCCUUUGGAAAAUGCUCAGGAUCAUGAACAUAAUUCUGCAAAUAAAUCAUUUGUAAAUGAUGGAAAUGCUCAUUUCCCUAUUAGUGCUCCGAGAUUGUCUAGAACACCUGGGCAAAUAGACUUAAAAGAACCUUUGGUUGGAGAACACACUAUAGAAAUCCUUCAAGAAGAAGGUUUUAAAGAAAGUGAAAUAGAAGCUUUACUUAAAGAAGAAGUCGUAUAUUCUACAAUAAAAUCAUCACUUUAAAUGCUAUCAUCAAACAAAAAUGCCUGGUGUCACACUAUUUAGAAAUUCGUUAUUUUUACUGCUGAAAAUUGCUACCUUAUUAUA